GCCCUCCAGGAAAUCGCCUUCUAGAGUUUAGUCCACACACGUGCAGCUUCCCUACAGUUGGGCGAGAGUCCUGCCCUGCUCUACAUUCCUGCUGCGUCUCUGACAUGGAGGAAAUGCUGUCCUUCUGGGAUGUGGCCAUUGAGUUUUCUGCAGAAGAGAGGGAAUGCCUGGAGCCUGCUCAGUGGAAUUUGUACAGGGAUGUGAUGUUGGAGAAUUAUAGCAACCUUGAUUUCCUGGGUCUUGCUGUGUCUAAGCCACACCUGGUGACAUUUCUGGAGCAAAGACAAGAAUCUUCAGAUGUGAAGAGACAAGCAGCAGCCAACGUGCAGCCAGGAAUAACCACCAAUGAUUAUAGCAUUUACACAAAGGCCAUUGAUUGUAACUCACUGUAUAUUCAACGCCAGAGAAUUCAUAAAAGGGAGAAACUCUACAAGUGUGAAGAAUGUGGUAAAGGCCUUAGUUCUCAUAAAACACUCUCCAUACACAAGAGACUUCAUACUGGAGAAAAACCCUAUAUGUGUAUAGAAUGUCAUAAGACCUUUAAUACUCGUGAAUCACUUUUUAUACACCAGAAAAAUCAUACUGAUGAAAAAUCCUACAAGUGUGAGGAAUGUGGCAAAUUAUUUUACUAUCCUUCAAUGCUGAAGCAACAUCAAAGAAUUCAUUCUGGAGAGAAACCCUACAAGUGUGAAGAGUGUGGCAAAGCAUUUUAUACUUCUUCAGUGCUGAAACAACAUCAAAGGAUUCAUAGUGGAGAGAAACUAUACAAGUGUAUAGAAUGUGGCAAAGCUUUUUAUGAACCAUCAAUUCUUCAGGUACAUAAGCGAAUUCAUACUGCAGAGAAACCCUACCAGUGUGAAAAAUGUGGCAAGUGUUUUUGUUCAUCUUCAUACCUGAGACGACAUCAAAUAAUCCAUUCUGAAGACAAUCCCUACAAGUGUGAACAGUGUGGCAAGUGUUUUUCUUCAUCUUCAUCUUUAGGACAUCAAAUAAUCCAUUCUGAAGACAAUCCCUACAAGUGUGAAGAGUGUGGCAAAAGGUUUUCCUGCUUUUCACACGUUCAAGAACAUCACAGAGUCCAUACUGGAGAGAAACCAUACAAGUGUGAGGAGUGUGGCAAAUGUUUUUCCUCAUCUUCAUCUCUUAGAAAACAUCAACCAAUCCAUUCUGAGGACUACAAAUGUGCAGAGUGUGGCAGAUGUUUUUACUCACCUUCAUCCCUCAGACGACAUCAAACAAUUCACUGGGAAGACAAUCCCUACAAAUGUGAAGACUGUGGUAGAUGUUUUUACUCAUCCUUUUCUUUGAGAAGACAUCAAACAAUCCAUUCUGAAGACAAUCCCUAUACAUGUGCACAAUGUGGCAAGCGGUUUUUCUAUUCUAGGAGUCUACAGGAACAUCAAACACUUCAUACUGGAGAGAAACUAUACAAAUGUGAAGAAUGUCACAAAAGCUUUCGGUAUCACUCAGGCUUUAUGAAACACAAGAGAAUUCAUUCUGGUGAGAAACCCUAAAA